CGUGAUUCGCCACCACGAUCCCUCUGUGCUUGUAGUUUAGCUUGACAAACAGCGGACCUCACUUUUGGGCACCCAUGGGAGGUAUGUGGACGUGAAUUAUGCGUUUUAAGAUCGACCUGGGGCAAAAAUGCAAUGGAGGUCGAUAGUAGUUGGUCUGGUCGUAUUAAGACUCUCUCUCAGCUGUGUGCUGUGGUUAGCCUUCGGACUGGGAACCAACCUUAGCUGGGGGUUCAACUUCCACCUCAGUUUUAAUUUGCACAAAUUAGACUUGUUGUUCAGGGAGGAAAAGGAAUCCGACCAGACUGCUAACUCGUGGUCUCGACGAAUACCGGGUCCCAAGUAUGAAGAGACGGCGAACACCUGUGUCAAGGUUGGAGCGGACUCGCCCAAGAGAUCUUACCUGAACCUCUUCGAUGGCAACAAGGACGAGUACGUCCGCAGAUACAGCUCUUUUCCGGACACCCUAAAAACAAAAAUGAAAGCGAUGGCCAAAGAAAUGUUCUAUUUCGGAUACGACAAUUACAUGAAACAUGCCUUUCCAGAGGACGAGCUGAAUCCCAUUGACUGUGAAGGGAGGGGUCCAGACGUGUUAAACCCGUCAAACAUCAACAUAAACGAUGUCUUGGGGAAUUAUUCCCUCACGCUCAUUGACACCUUGGACACCCUGCUGGUGCUCGGUAAUGUGACCGAAUUCCAGAGAGCUGUCAGACUGGUUAUAGAUACGGUGUCUUUUGACAAGGAUUCAACUGUGCAGGUUUUUGAGGCAAACAUCAGGAUCUUGGGAAGUCUUAUCUCAGCGCACAUUCUGUUGACUGACCAAAAGCAUCCAUUUGGCAAGGUUGGCUUUGAAGGUUAUGAUAAUGAGCUGCUGCACUUGGCUCACGACUUGGCUGUCCGCUUGCUGCCAGCCUUUGAGAACACCAGUACAGGGAUUCCUUUCCCCAGAGUGAACCUGAAGACUGGUGUUCCUCCUAAUAGCGUCAAUGAGACCUGUACUGCAGGAGCAGGCUCCCUGCUGGUGGAGUUUGGGAUUUUGAGCCGUUUGAUUGGAGAUUCAACAUUUGAGUGGGUGGCUAGACGAGCUGUCAGAGCUCUGUGGAAUCUGAGAAGCAACGAAACUGGUCUGUUGGGAAAUGUUGUAAAUAUCCAAACUGGUCAAUGGAUCGGCAAGCAAAGUGGUCUUGGAGCAGGAAUGGACUCAUUCUAUGAGUACUUGCUUAAAUCAUACAUCCUUUUUGGUGAAAAAGAGGACUACCAGAUGUUUCAAGCUGCUUAUAAAAGCAUACAAAACCAUCUGAGAAGAGGACGAGAGUCAUGCAACGAAGGAGAGGGUGACCCGCCUCUUUAUGUUAAUGUGAAUAUGUUUAGUGGCGAGAUAAUGAACACUUGGAUUGACUCUCUUCAGGCCUUUUUUCCUGGGCUGCAGGUGCUGAAUGGUGAUGUAGAUGAUGCCAUUUGCCUGCAUGCAUUCUACUAUGCCAUCUGGAAGCGCUUUGGAGCUUUGCCGGAGAGAUAUAACUGGCAGCUCCAAGUACCUGACGUUCAUUUCUACCCUUUAAGACCAGAGCUGGUGGAGUCAACUUACCUCCUGUACCAGGCGACCAAAAAUCCUUUCUAUUUGCAUGUUGGAAUGGAUAUUCUUCACAGCCUUGAGAAAAAUGCCAAAGUCAGAUGUGGGUAUGCCACUCUCCACCAUGUGGUGGACAAAUCCAAAGAGGAUCGCAUGGAGAGUUUUUUCCUCAGUGAAACCUGCAAAUACCUUUAUCUGCUAUUUGAUGAGGACAACCCACUUCACAGAUCUGAUAACAAGUACAUCUUCACUACCGAGGGCCACGUCGUGCCUAUAGACAAACGCUUCAGAGAGAAACAGUGGAACGAUUUGUUUCCAUGUGAGGGGGGAGCGUUGGCAGAAACUGAGCCGAAUAACCAGCCACCCCCUAGCAACAUCAGCAAUUGUAACAGGAUCCCAGAGGAGCGACGGUAUACUCUGCCGUUAAAGAGCGUCUACAUGAGGCAGAUCGAUCAUAUGGUGGGACUUUUUUGAGUAAAAGGAAAGAAAUGGAGACAUAAAAAACCUUCGGUGCACCUUCCUAGUUGCUGAUGCUGUGAUCUUAGAGGAGACUCUCUUCAGUUCAAAAUCUUUGUCCUGUCUGUUCUGCUGUUCUGGAUUCAGACAGGAAACUGACACUAACAGAGUCCUGAGAAGUCUGAUUACAUGCUGUGUUAAAUUUAAAAGUUUAGGUGGGUAUUUUUCUCAUUUGGUGAGUGAGCAUGACGUCAGCAUAGAUGACAGCUCUGUUUGGAAAAUGGGGAGUCGUCUUCACUGAAGUUUUGAAUGGUAACAAACUAAGAAUAAUUUGUUUUAGAGUAAGUGAUGUCUUCUUGUGGAGCAAACGGAACAAAAGUACAGUCAGGUUUAAGUGUGUUAAUGUGUGUGUGUGUGUUUUAAACAGCUGAGCUGUGAAUCAUAAUGUUGAGUUUAUGGGAACAGUGCCAUUUAUCCUCACAAAUAUAAAAAGCAUAGCCUAUAAAAACACUCGCCUGACAAAGAACAUUAUAAUCAGUGCCUCUUUGCAGUUGAUUCACUCGACUACAUUUGUGCUUUAACAUAAGGGCUGCACAUUAAUGAAGUGUAAUAGUUUAUGACUUAAGCACAUACAGUAAAACCCUUACUCUGCAUGAGGUUGCUUGAAAAUGUGCCUGCACAAACAAUGCUUUUCUCUUGUACAUCUGAGGUCAGUUUUCAGAUUUGUUGAAACAGUUGUCGGGUCUCUUUCACUAUAGAUAUUCCCCCGCAUAAACAGCACUAACCAUAUUGCAAGGGCAAACUACAUCCUGCCUGUUGGCUGUUAAAUAUUUUCUCAUAAUGCUGAUUAAAUAUAGUACUCAUAAAAACAGAAUUGUUGAUCUCACAAGCUCGUAGUAACUUAUUAUCUUACACAGGGCAAAUAGCUGUGCCAUGACCCCAUGAAAGUAAGUUUCAGGAUAAUACUUUUAAGUGCCUUCCAUUUGUCUUGGUCUGUCUAGAUGCCACACUGUGCAUAUUAGUUGUGGAUAACAUUGUUGAAAAUGUUUUGAGGCCACUGUCAAUAUUGCACAAAAAAUGUCAUUCCAUGUGUAUGUGCGGUUUUACACUGAUAAUGACAUGACACUCUUCUGUUUAGAAAUGACAAGCCAAGCCAUAAAAUGUGUUGUUUUUUUAAAUGCAAGGUCAUGUUUAACACAUGUAUAGUCUUCUGCUUUGUUUAUAAUUUUCUCUUGUUUAAUGGAUAUAGUUGUCUUUCACUGUUUUUCUUAAAUGCGCAUCAUACCUAUUAAUUGCCAUGUGGUAAGAACUCAGGGUUUAAUAGAAAUAAAUAAAUGAAUGAAUGCUUUCAUAAGAAAUAAAACUUUCUUGUAAUGUU